AACUUUAGGCACACAUUUCGGUUAAGUAAAUCAGCUGAUGUUCUGUUCAAUGUUUUUAUUCAGCUGCGUUUGUGUACAGUGUAGAGAAAGAUUGCAUUUCGCGAUUUGAUGUUUUUCAACACUGCAAAACAUCAAAACCCAAAGAAAAAUAUUCAUGCAACACGAAUAUAUAUAAUGGGAUUGGAUCAAUAAAGUGCGAAAGGUUACCAUUAAAAUUAUCCACUAAUUGGAUUGUUAUCAACAAACCAGCUGACGGGAAACGCACUGUGGCGGCAGUCAGAAAUAAACUGGCAGACGUGAAGAAACAAAUACACAAGCAAAACAAAAACAACACAAUGAAGGCAACGGCAGCAAAAACGCGGCUAACAAGUCUCACCGAGGACAUCUCCAUAAUACCCGAGGAUGCGCCAUUUCGUGCCCGCCUGCACUUCCUGUUUGCCCAAAUCGAAAAGGAAUUUGAGCAGCUGUACUUGGAGAACCUGAAUCUCCAGGAUAAACUCGAAAACGCCACCGCAAACACCAAAGAUUCGUUGACGCCGUACGAUCAACGUUCCGCAGCGGGUGGAGUCACCACUGGCUCGCUGGUCGCCACGGGUAGCGGUGGUGCCUCAUUGGCAGCUACGCCCGCCACACCUUCGGCUCCAUUGAGCGACGAAAUUGGCGCUAGCUUGCUGGCUGCCGCUUCCAGCACACACAAGAGUCUCAAAGCCAAGCUGAGCAGCGCCACCGGCGGCAGCAAGGUAAAGGCCAGUAAUAAAAUCAAAGCGCAGACCAGCCGCAUUGUGUCCAGUUUCAAGGCGCAGACGGUGGUCAGUUCAGUGGUGCGCGAAUUUGGUGGCCACAAGGAUGGCAUAUGGCAGGUAGCCGCCAAAGUGGGUCAGCCCAUUAUUGGCACAGCGUCAGCCGAUCACACCGCCUGCAUUUGGGGCAUAGAGAGUGCCCGUUGCUUGCUGCAGUACCAAGGACAUGCGGGAUCCGUCAACUCAAUUAAGUUCCAUCAGCAUCGAGAUCUGGUGUUAACAGGCAGUGGCGAUGGCACUGCACACAUCUGGCAAGCAGCAGUCAACUGGGAAGUGCCCAAAAAGGGCCACUCGUCUGAGGAGGAGCUUGAUGACAGUGAUGGCCAGCUAGAGGAUCGGGACCGAGUGGACACAUUGCGUACACCGCUCUGCGAGUUCAGUGGACCUGGUGGCCAUCUGUCAGUUGUAGUCGCUGCAGAUUGGCUUUCGAGCAUGGACCAGAUUAUCACAGGCAGCUGGGAUCGCACUGCAAUAUUGUGGGACGUGGAGACGGCACAGCCGCUACAGCCACUAACCGGCCACGAUCAUGAGCUCACCCAUGUUUCGGCCCAUCCAACACAGCGUCUGGUUGUGACCGCAUCACGUGACACCACCUUCCGUUUAUGGGACUUCCGCGAUCCGAUACCUGCAGUAUCCGUCUUCCAGGGACACACCGAGUCGGUCACAUCAAGCGUUUUUGCGCGCGACGAUAAAGUCGUCUCGGGCUCAGAUGAUCGCACUAUCAAAGUAUGGGAGUUGCGCAAUAUGCGCUCAGCCCUGGCCACCAUACGAACAGAUUCAUCCGUAAAUCGCUUAGCUGUCUCCAGUGGCGGUAUUAUAGCUAUUCCCCACGACAACCGACAGAUUCGACUAUUCGAUUUGAAUGGGCAGCGUGUGGCGCGUUUACCGCGCACCAGUCGCCAGGGACAUCGUCGCAUGGUCUCCUCCGUCGCCUGGGCGGAGGAGCCGCUACUUAAUUGUGAUUUGUUCUCCUGCGGCUUCGAUCGACGCGUAUUUGGCUGGUCCAUCGUGUUACCAAAGGAUAAUUGAAAAUUACUUAAACGUUGAGCUGCAUUCCAGCCACAACCACAAACCAUCUAAUCCCCUUUUCUCACGUGGUUACUCAAAAGCGGAUUACUCUCGAACACAUCAUUGACCUUUGACUUUGUUAUCUCAAAUAGAAACGCGUGUAUUUACUUAAAUCGCAACGUACAUCAAGUAUUUUGCGAACAUAAACAACUAUUUUGAAUGCGUUCUUUAUCCAUUGCAUGCAACUUGCUUUAUGCCAAAUAAUCGCGAUAAACAUGCGCAUAUAUAUACCUAUAUAUAUUUAUAUAUAUAUAUCAUUGUUAUUCCCGCAUAUACUAAAUGUGAAAUGUGUAGAUAAGGGAUCGAAAAAAUCUCCAUAACUUUUAGCUGUGUUUUAUUAAUAUCGAUCAUAAACGAUUUAUAGUAACUUAACUCUAUAUGUCUAAGGCAUGGGUUUAACAUGAAUGUUAGAAGAAAAAAAUAAACAUAUUUAAUAAAAGUCCAUAUCCACCACGCA